AUGCUAGCGCUCAACUCGACAAGACAAACCCUGCUCGGAGGAGCACGCAUGCUCUCGACCUCGGCCGUUCGCAAUGAUCUCGCUCGUAUGCAGGUGUUGGGCCGCCUAGCCGCUGAUCCGGAACUCAAGACGACCAAGAACGGCAAAGAUUACGUUCGUUACACGGUUGCCACCUCGGAUCCUCCUACGGGUCCCGCUGAAGACGGAGAACGUGCUCCUACGACCACGAGCUACCACCGAUUCUACGUCUUCGGCGAGAGGGGUGUGGAUAGGAUGAAGAACAUCAAGAAAGGCUACAGGGUUCUGGUCGAUGCCGAAUUCAGGAUCGAGCGAACACCGGCUGAGGGCGAAAUCCCGGCGAGGGACACAUUGCUCGCAUUGCACCGUGGCAUCCAAGUCAUUUCGAAGCCAAAGGAGGCCAUCGAGGCUUGA